CGCGUUUACUUUUGCAUUAAUCUCUUAGAACUGCCAUAUUGUGUCAGUGUGUGAGUGCUGCUACAUCCACAUAAACUACUUUCACCAAAAUUGGCAUCUUAUCAUAGAACCCAUUUUUUUAUUUUUAUAUUUUUUGGUAUAAUCUAUACCAAUCUACAAUGUCUUGCCUUACACUUUCAACUCACUUGAAUGAAAAGAACGAUAAUAAAGAUCAAGAAAUUGUGGAUAAUGUAGAUUUCACAAUCAAGCACCCUUUGCAGAACAAGUGGACACUUUGGUAUUAUGAAAAUGAUAGGACCAACACAUGGGAAAAAAACCAAAAGGAAAUUGCUUCGUUUGAUACUGUUGAAGAUUUCUGGAGUUUGUACAACCACAUUAAACUAGCAAGUGAAUUACGGCAGGGAUGUGAUUACUCGCUAUUUAAGGCUGGAAUACGUCCCAUGUGGGAAGAUGCUGCUAACAAACGUGGAGGCAGAUGGCUAAUUAAUUUGGAAAGAAAACAGAGAUCUAAUGAUUUAGAUAGAUUUUGGCUUGAUAUUAUCCUUUGUUUAAUUGGUGAAGCGUUUGAAAAUUCAGAUGAUGUUUGUGGUGCUGUUGUGAACAUUCGCGGUAAAGGAGACAAAAUUGGCAUCUGGACAGCGGAUGCAACGAACUCAGAAGGCGUCAAGGAAAUCGGCCGCAAAUUGAAAGAUAGGUUACAUAUAAAACAGAAGGACACUAUUGGUUACCAGGUGCAUAAAGACACUAUGGAUAAGUCAGUCGCCAAGAACUUCUACACCGUUUAACCAAAUUGAAAAUCUUGUAUUAACUUAAAAAAAACAAUAUGUUUAGUCCCAUUGCUUGAUAAUCUUGCUGAUCCUUUCAAAUUACAGAUCAUAACUAUCGUUUUAUUUAUUUUCUUUUUCUGUACCGGCCUAUGAAUUUUGUACUUUAUUUUUUCUUUUCAAUUUCUCAAACCUAUCGCUAUCUAUUAUUA